AUGCUAGUGAUGCAGCUCUACAUACUCCCAGCCUUCUUUCUGGUAGUGCUGCUGUUGGGGCUGCCUCUCAAUGUGCUGUCCCUCUGGGUCUUCUCCCACCGCCUCAAGCGCUGGACCCGCAGCAGUUUUUUCCUCUUCAACCUUGCACUAGCAGAUGCCUCCUGGCUGUUGGCCCUACCCUUCCUGGUGCAAUACCACCUUGAUGGGGUACGCUGGAGCCUUGGCCAACCAUUCUGCAAGGCAGUUCGUUUGCUGUACCAUAACUAUUUCUACCUUAGCAUCUUCUUUGUCACCUGCAUCAGUGUGGAUCGCUACCUGGCCAUCGUGCACCCACUGCGUGCCCUCUCCCUGAUGGGCAGGCGUCAGGUUUGCCUGCUGUGUGCUGCCAUCUGGGUGGUCACUGUGGUGUUCAGCUACCCAGUGGUAGAAAUGAGCCUGACCCAGCACUGCCCCCUGGGCAACCGCACUAUCUGCACACUGUACGUGUUCCUGGAGGACACUGGUGAGAGCCUGCCCUUUUCCCUUUGCUGCUCCUGCACAGGCUUCCUGCUGCCCUUCACUGCCAUCUGUUACUGCUGUGUGUGCAGUGUGAGGGAGCUGCGUGCCCGCCAGACCUUUCCCUACCGGCACUGUAGGAAGCGACGCCUUACCCAGGUGCUGAGUGCUGUGCUGGUCCUGUUCACCUUGUUAUACCUGCCCUACCACCUGACCCGCAAUGCAGCCAUUGUCAUACGUGCUAUUUAUCCUGGGAACCCGGUGGCUUGGAAGCCCGCAGACCUGGCCUUUGCCUUGGAAAUGUGCCUGUGCAGCCUCAACACCUGUGUCAACCCCUUCUUCAGCUGUUUUGUGGGUCGUCGGUUUCGUCAGGAGUUCUGGGGCACUUUUGCCUGCCGAAGCCACCGCCACUCAGAUCGACGUUUGGUAGAACCACUAGGUGGAAGGAGACUUCAGAUAGAGGUUCAUACAAAGGCAGCUAUCUUACCUUUGUCUGUGACUGAAUUUUUCAUGGCAAAAACUAUGCCCACAAAGGAGGAAAACUGGAGAUGCACCUACACUGAGAGACCAGUGAGGGAACCCACACUUUAG